AUGCUGAUCAUUAUGGUAAAACUAUGCAAGCAUCAUACUACAUUUUCUUUUCCAACAAUAGAUCUUCCUAACAAUCUGCCCAUUGUAUCAUUAACAGGUGAUAUCCGUUCUCAUUCAUCUUGUGGUUCAACUUUUAUAUCAGUAACAAGUUCAAAUUCAAAUACAACAUCAUUGAAAAUAACUCCACGUCCUUUAGAACAUGAGAUAUUGACAAAGAUUGAUCCUCAGUCUUCAUCAUUACAUGAUAGAAGUCUAUAUUAUUUUGAUAUAUGCAAUUGUUUAAUAGAAUGUUGUCAUUCUUCACAUACAUGUGAAAAUGCUUCUGAAGUUGUCUUUGCACAAAAUACUUGCCAAUUAAUUCAACAAGUAUAA